AUACAAUUUCUUUUUCUUCCUAUAAGAGUUUGUUGGUUGGUCCGGUCGGAGCCGUUUAACAUCUGAUCUCGCGUGAUGAUUAGAUUAGUUAUUAUUAGUUAUCGUACGAUUAGAUCGUCUAGUUUAUAAGAAUCGACUGUUAUUAUGGCUUCCUUAGUCGCGGAUUACGGAACCUCCUCCGGCUCGGAUAGCGAAACAAACGGUGACGUUUCGGAUGAUGCGUAAGUUUGGCUCACUCUUUAAGGGUGUUGACAAGGUGGAGUCGGAGGAGGAAGAUGAAGAAGAGGGAGAGGACGAUAAUGAUGAGAACAGCAAUUCGCAUAAUGAUGAGAACGGUCACGUGAGAAUAAACGAAACAACAGCUUCCAAAGAAAAGCUUCCAUUGCCUACGCCGGAUUUCAAUGGCGCAUCUACAUUGUUGAGGACCUCAGUAUUCUCGAAUCCGUUUGUUGAAGCGGAACGAGCGAAAAGUGCGAUCCUGGAGAAGCAUGUCAAGAUGACGCCCACAUUAGACGACACCAAGAUGAUAAAUGGUCGUAAGAUCUGUUGGAAUUAUCGGAAAGGCCGUUGUCGAUUUGGUCACAAUUGCACCUUCGCUCAUGACUCUGAUCUUCAUCGCAGCGCGGCCGAAUUGGAGGCUCUGCGGACUCCGCAGGAGACACUAGUCUGUCAGACUCGAUACAACGGACAACAACAGCAGACAUCACCGAUCGCGAACGACGAGGAAAACGAGGUGGAUCAGGAGAACAAUCAAACUGCGAACAAAAAACGCAAGAAGAGGCCUGGCUUGAGCCAAUUGUUGCUUCCAAGUAAAAAAGUUUUUAAGCUGUACAAAGCGCAACAACAACAACAAACCAAAACUAGAUGAAUAACACUCGUUCAUUUAAUGUAGCGAUAAUAAAUGAAACUCUGUCUUCUGACUAAUUCGUUACAGUUUGUUCUAUAUGAAAACACAAAUUGAAAAUGGAAAUUUGAAAGACGAAAAUGUGAAAAAGAUUGCGAAUAAUUUUUGAUUCGCUCUUAUAUUAGCGUAUUCGAUCAAAAAUCGAAUUUCCAUUUAUUAUCAGCAUAAUAGAGUCAUUAAUGUCUGGUAAUGAGAUUAUUAAAAUUUUGCGCAAGAUUUAGAUCAGCAUUAAUUAAACGAAUAAAAGCGAUAUAGAUGUAAAAAAUUCCGAUUUAUGCUUCCAAUGCGAACCUAGCUCUAGCCUGCGAUGUGUAGGAUAAAAAUUUUUUUUAAGAAAUUUUUGUUUUUACAUAAAAAAUUGCAAAAAACUAUUCCAUAUACAAAGCGUAUGCAAGCUUAACAUUAUAUGGACAUAUUUCAUAUAUAUAUAUAUAUAUAUAUAUAUAUAUAUAUAUAUAUAUAUAUAUAUAUAUGGAUUUUUUCUCUAUAAGUGUUUGUAAGUUGUACAGUGAUCAUUUAUGAAAAUUGAGAGAUGAGUUGUAAUAAUAAUUAAUUUUUAGAUAAUUUCCACUAUAUUGUAAAUGAGAAAAGAUAAUAAAGUUGGAGUUUUUAAAAUUUCAA